AUAUUACAAUUUGUUACUGUCAUUAUCAGAUGCUUACACUAACAUAAAGCUAACAAAAAACAAAAGAACACGUAAUUUUCCAUUGGACAACAUGUGGAGACUACGGGCCCUGGUAGUCCACAUUUUCCUGCUGGUCUCCAUUCUGACCACCUACUUCUCGUCUACCAUCUUACCAGGACUCGUUCCCCAGAAGACAAUGCGUGAGAUGGGUUUCGAACCGCCGGCAGAUCGCCUGGUUGUAUUCCUGACCGAUGGCUUGCGAGCGGCUUCCUUCAUGGCGAGGAACGGAAGAGCGGUGCCGGAUCUGAGUAAGCUAUACCGGACACAGGGCCGCAUAGCCAUCUCCCGCUCCUCGCCACCGACUCAGACCGCCACCGGACACAUCGCCGUCUUCGGCGGCUUCAGACAAGAUCCGACGGCUGCCCUGGUGAACUUUCGCUAUGUUCCCGUUCCAUUUGAUACCGUCUUCAACCGAAGCCGCUUGGCCAUCGGCUGGGUCCAUCCAAUUAUGGAAAAUGUGUUUAUGUAUCUACCGCACGGAGGAGCGCCGCUGCGGUUUACGGUGGGACGCAGAAAAAGUUAUCAAUUCGAUGCUUGGGUCUUCAAAGAGAUCGAAGAAUUCCUGGCCAGGAGGGACAACGUAAAAGAAGUGUACAAUCACAAGGGAGCGGUGUUCUUUGUUUACUUGGCGGAUAUGGAUUUAUGGGCCCAUCGCUACACGCCAUUAAGCCCUAGGUUCAAUCGGCAGCUCCUGCACACUCAGAAGGGCAUUCAUACCUCCUACGAAUUCUUCGAGCAAGUAUUCAACGACAGUCGGACGGCCUAUUUGUGGACCUCCGAUCAUGGAAUGAAGAAUAGUGGAUAUCACGGCACCUCUUCAACUUAUGAAAUAGAAACGCCUUUGUUUAUGUGGGGCGCUGGCGUGAAGCGGACAGUUGGUCCGAAUGCUGUCUUCCCCACCAGGAGGAAUGCAUCUAGGUUGGAACAGAUUCAACUGGCGCCACUGAUGUCGGCUCUUAUAGGCCUUCCACCGCCAAUGAACAACAUAGCCAUGAUGCCAAGGGGGUACCUUAAUGUGAGCACCGAGUACGAAGUUAUGGCACUCCAUCUGAACGCCCUGCAGAUCCUGCAUCAGGCCGAGAUCGUUAUAGCGCGAAAUGAACAUGCUCUCUUCUACGAAUGGCUGCCGACAUUCGAUAGUCUGAAUUUGAAGCAAAUCGCUGACUACAAAGCUAAGUUCAAAUAUUUGGUAUCCCAGGGACACAACCAGGAGGCCAUGAACGAUUGUCGGAGGAUUACCAGAUUGGCUCAAAUGUGCCUGACAUACUACCACGAAUAUUACCAAUCACCGUUGCUGGUGGCCACCACGAUCUCCUACCUAGUCUGGUUAUACUGCCUGCUUCUGCAGCUGACAAGGAUAGCCACGGAAAAUGAACGAAUGGGACUCGCCACCAUGUCGACGGUGGUGCUGUCUGGCCUUGGAAUUAUCCAAGUAGUUCUGUUUGUUCUGCAAAAGGUGCCGCUCCUCACAUCCGUUUGCCUGUUGUUACCAACCUGCUUGCUGAUAAUGGCUCAAGCAGAACGCUCAGCAAAAGGCGAUGUGGUCAAGGCACCUUAUAUGAACAUCCUUUCAAUAUUGGUGCCCGCAGCUCUGGUAAUUCUAAUGGUCUUUGAGCACAGAUAUUUAGCUGAGCUAUAUGCACUACCGGUGUUCCUGCACUAUCAUCGUCUGUUCUCGAAGCCGUCGAUCAAGUUUUUUCUGUGGAUAAGCCUUGUGUGCUUUGUCAGUGGUUCUCUGCUCAUCUCACAAUAUCCAAUAUCUUAUGGGAUCAAUCCUAAAUUCCUUAAAAGUUCAUAUCUGCUGUACACGGGUAUGCUGGUGGCACUGGUACGUCCUCUCGUCUUGCGACACCAGAUUGAUCUACAGGCUUGGGCCAUUAACGCGGUGACCUUGGUGACUGGAGCCUACGGAAUCCAUUUAUUCGACUCGAACAAACGCGUGCCUGGUUACGUUACUGCCAUUAGCUGGUUCUUUUUGGUCUACGCCUUCUUGUCCUUUCGCUACUCCGAUGCAUCCCACAACACCACUAUUAGAAGACUCCAGCUGAUUACUAUGAAUAUGAUCACCUUACACGCCCUGCUCUGCGAACGGUGGGGUUCCUUGGCAAUCCAAUUGCUGGUAACGGAAUUGCUUUUAGGCCUCCAGCAGUACGAGGACGCCAAGCGAUAUGAUGAUGCCGACAAGGAGCCCAAACCUCUACAACAUUUAAAACAAUCGUAUAGGUAUGGAUUCGCUAUAGUCCUGUACUUCUAUGUGUCCUUUUUCCUAGCCGGACAUUGGAUAGCCGAAUUUGCUUUCAAGGCGAACACCGCCCGACUGUUUUAUCCGGACUAUGCCAUGUUAAUUCCCGGCUGCCUAACCAUACUGAAGAUUGUGCUUCCAUCGCUGAUCGUUAUCUCGACCCUGUACGCUCUGGUUCCCUUCGUCCGGCAAAAUAUCAGAUCGACAUUCACCUGCGUCCUGCUCAUCAGUAACGUCAUGGGGCUGUACUUCUGUUACUACGUCCAAAAUAAGGGUUAUUAUAAUAACGUAAGGCACUCUCUGGAUAAGCUGCUAAUCACUCAUGUGGUUAACCUGUUGUUACUGGGAUGUUGUUGCAUCGUUGUGGCUUUUCUCGGCGGCACGGAAAUGGAAAAGUCACCGCGCAAGGACGAGAAACAUGUUCGUUUCACCACGCCCGACGAAGAGAGUGAAAUUUAGUUAAAUAAAAAUUAUUAUUUUAAA